UGUCUUGCGCCGUGAGCCCAAAUCUCGAGUGACGGGGAAGGCCCGUGUUUAUGUUCAUGUUGGGGGUGAUAGGUGGUGGCUGCAGUGGAAGCGAAAGCGGUUAUCGGAAGUUAUGGCGACGGAGCAAGAGCACGAGCUCGAGCUCGAGCUCGAUCCGUCUCUCCCUUGUUGCCGCAAUCUCCUUUCUGCAAUUCUAGCUAUGGAGCCUUCCGAAUGCUUGAUCUCCCAUGCCAGAGCGUGUGGCGGAGGCUUAAUCACCGAGCAAGUUCAACAGUUCAUCUGGGACCAUUGCCUAUCCACUCCUGGUGAUUUUCAUGCUCCUUACUUGAAGAAUUUUGUUAAGAAACUUAUCUGGCAAGUUGAGUUCGAUCAUGGCUAUGUGUUGGACCAACUUUAUGAACUGUAUGCUCAGUACAUGACAUCCUUUAAGGAUGAUAGUUUUAGCAAAAGAGAUGCAAGAAUCUGCAAGAGAAUUUCAUUUCUUUUUCCUGAUGGUUGUUCUGAACUACUAAGUUGUCCGCCCUCGAGGGAACUGGUCUUUCCAUUGCAAUGUUCUCUGAACAUGCUUGAAGGUGAUACCGGGUGCUCCAUAUGGCCAUCAAGUCUGUUUCUGUCUGAGUUAAUACUUUCUCAUCCAGAAUUAUUUUCUAAUAAAUCAUGCUUUGAGAUUGGUUCAGGAGUUGGCUUAGUUGGAUUAUGUCUUGCCCAUGUGAAAGCUUCUAAGGUUACAUUAACUGAUGGUGACCUAUCAACUUUAGCUAACAUGAAGUUUAAUUUGGAGUUGAACAACCUGAAUGCUGAAACUGACACGUCACAAAGAAACAAAGAUCCAAGCACGGUACAAUGCCUGUAUCUGCCAUGGGAAUCUGCAUCAGAAAGCCAACUCCAAGAUAUCAUGCCAGAUGUUGUUAUGGGUGCAGAUGUGAUAUAUGAUCCAGUUUGCCUGCCACAUCUUGUUCGAGUACUUACCAUUCUUUUGAAUCGGAUGAUUUGCGGAGAGUGUACAAGUUGUAAGCGCCUCUCUCCAAACGGUAGAGACGAAAAUGGUGAACGUAAUUAUAAAGAUGCUAGUGACAGAUCCGAAGAUAGAUGCAAAGCAGUUAAUAAGGAUGGCUGUGAUGGCCGGUCGAAGGAAGCACCAGUGGCUUAUAUUGCAUGUGUUGUGCGGAAUGUUGAAACUUUCAACUAUUUUCUUUCUCUUGCGGACCAAGCUAAGCUCGAUAUUAUGGACCUAACUGAUUCACUAAAGCCCGUAAAUCUCCUCCAGUACAUGCAGUCAUACAAUCAAACUGGUGUAAGAUUACUUCGUAUCACUUGCAGUCAUACAAUCAGGCAAGUAUAAGAUGAUCACUUGUCUUUCACAUGUUAUCAUUUCCUUUGUUACUUGAAAAGUUCUGAGAUAUAUGGUGAGUAAAUCGAUAGAGACAGGCCUAAGUGUACAAAGUUUGUCAAAAACUUGCUAAGGAUAGAAUUAGAAACCCAUGAUUUGAAAUACUUUGUUUUGAUCUUGAACUAUAGGUAGGCACAUUAAGCUACUCUCAGUAUUCCAUUCAUGUUGAACGCCAUGUCAAUUUUCUAUUCAGAUUCCUGAAAGUUAUUCUCA